CUUUUGGAGGUCCGAUGUCAGCGGAUUUCUUGGAUCGGCGCUGGGCCCCCUUGGCGGCGCCUCUGGCGCCGCCCACUACGCGCUCCGCACGCCAGGGAGGCGGGCUGCAGCGCCGAUCUCAGGAACCUGCGCGGUCCUCCGCAAGCUUGUGCCUGUGCCGACUUCUCCUCUCCCGCCCCGGCACGCGCUCCGAGCCAGGCGGCACGCCAGUGGAUGCAGCCUCCCUCGGGAGACGCCACCCGUCCCGUGCCUGCUCUUCGCGGCGGUUGUGGGGAUCUUCACGCUGUCCGUGGUCGUGCAGACGCAGGGGGCGUCCCUGCCGGACACGCUGCGGGAGCCCCCCCGAGCUGCGGGCUCGGCGGCGGCGCCGGCGCCCGCGGCAUUGGCCCAGUCGACGGCGCCCGCGGCGGAGGCCGCCGCCACGGCGCCCGCGGCGCCCGCAGCGCCCG